CCACAGCCUCAUUGCCACAUGCAGAUGUGAACCAUCUGUGCCCAGAGCAGAGAACUGAAAUCACCCAGCCUCCCAUCCCCUCUGAGAAAGGCCCCCUGUCCUGCCAGGCAUCUUUUGGUUUCAAGGUGAGGAUGAAGUUAAUGGCUGAAUUAGGAUUUACUGUAUCAGAAUCUCUCCCCUCACCUCGCACCAUGAGCAACCAGACUUUGGUAACAGAAUUCAUCCUCCAAGGCUUCUCAGAGCACCCCAAAUACCAGAUCUUCUUGUUCUGCUCUUUCCUCUCCCUCUACUGCAUGGCCCUCACAGGCAAUGCCCUCAUCAUCGUGGCCAUCAGCUUCAACCCUGCCCUCCACACUCCCAUGUACUUCUUCCUGUUCAAUUUGGCCACAAUGGACAUCAUCUGCACCUCAACCAUCAUGCCCAAGACAUUGGCAGGUCUGAUGUUAGAGAAGAACUUUAUCUCCUUUAGGGGCUGCAUGGCCCAGCUCUACUUUCUCACAUGGUCUGCGUCCUCAGAGCUACUGCUCCUCACGGUCAUGGCCUAUGACCGCUAUGUGGCCAUCUGCCACCCCCUGCAUUACAGCACCAUGAUGAGUCAAGCAUUCUGCAGUGUGCUUGCUGCUGCAGUGUGGGCGAUCUGUGCCUUCAAUUCAGCCAUCCACACAGGGCUGAUGGUGCGGCUGAAAUUCUGUGGGCCCAAUGUCAUCACCCAUUUCUUCUGUGAAAUCCCUCCUCUGCUCCGUCUCUCCUGUAGUUCCACUUAUGUGAACAAUGUCAUGACCACACUGGCAGAUGCAUUCUAUGGUAUAGUGAACUUCCUCAUGACCAUUGUGUCCUAUGGAUUCAUCAUCUCCAGCAUCCUGAGGAUGCGAUCUUCAGAGGGGAAGCAGAAAGCCUUCUCCACCUGCUCUUCCCACCUCAUCGUGGUGUGCAUGUAUUACACAGCUGUGUUCUAUGCAUACAUAAGUCCUGUGUCCGGGUACAGUGCAGAGAAGAGCAAAGUGGCUGGAGUACUGUACACCAUUGCAAGCCCCACCCUCAACCCCCUCAUCUACACUUUGAGGAACAUGGAGGUCAAAGCUUCCCUCAGGAAACUUGUCCCUUUCUUCAAAAAUUAA